UCCCCUAGCGAUUUGAAGCGCGCCGGACUCGAAGAGGUUAGGUUGCACGGUAACGAGAAGAAACCGGUUUUAUCGCGGCGUGGGUGUUUUGCUGUAAAGUACAAUGAAACUUUCGUGAAACGCGCCUGAGAAGCUCCGUCGAUCGACACCCCGUUUCGUUAUCCUCUCGUUGCUGUUUCGGCGAAAAUUCAGUGCGACGUUUUUCAUUGAAAAGAAAGAAAAAUUAUGACUUAUUUAAAAAGACGUUCGAUAAUCUUUCAAUAGCUCCUCUCGCUUUCCGUGAUACUUUCAGCAGGAUAUCUCCACGAGUGCGCGCGAAUAUGGUGUCGAACCAGACGCUCAUGAAAAUAGCGACUUUGGGGGGAUUUGUAAUAGGAGUCACGGGUUACGCGUUUCAUUUUCGCAUACAGUAUGACAUUAAAGAAACCGAGGCCUAUAAGGACGUCGUGAGUACUGUACUUGCGCAUAAGAAGGUCGUGCCGUAUCUCGGGGAGCCCGUGACGAUGGGCCGCAUCACUUACGGCAACGGAAGCCACAAGUUCGAAAACGGAACGGUCACGCAAAAUUACAAGUGGUUUCAGUUCCCGCUCACGGGCGCUAAUACAAAGGCGAAGUUGUAUUACGAGGUGACGUUGAACCGUGAGCUCAACAACACGCCUGAGGCGUCUAGAAUCGAAAUUACAUUCGAUAAUAUGCCUGGGAAGACGUUUGUGAUAAGGCACUACGAGCUAGAGCGAAACGGCGAGUUUGCACCGGGAGAAAAGUAGAUUUUACGUUUAAGAAUCUGACGCGGACAGAUAUUUAUUUAUUUGUAUAUUGUGUAUAAAACUAGUGGUGCCGUAAAGACAAAUAAAAAUGGAAAGUGAUACGAGAA